GCCGCCGCCACCGCCUCCUUUUGCCAAAGCGAAGCGGUGACGUUGCCCGGCUGGGCUGGGCUGGGCUGGGCGCCUUCUGCAACCGGGCGCCCCCCCCUUCCCGGCUCCACGAUGUGGUUCUUCGCCCGGGAUCCGAUCCGCGACUUCCCCUUCGAGGCGGCUUCCCCGCCGGAGCCUCCGCUGCCCCAGCCGGGGGGCGUCUGGCAGCUGCACCGCGGGCGGAGGAAGACCACGGGGGAGCCGGUCUCCCUUUUCGUACAUGAGGUCAAGCCGAGUUCCGAAGAGCAGGUCCAGCUUGCCAAAACAGCCUUUAAAUUCCUCAAGACGCUCCGGCACCCCAACAUCUUAUCCUACAUUGAUGGCUUAGAG